AUGUGUCGCAUGUGCAUCGCCUUCAAGCCGCUCAACGAACUUACAGUGAAGCAGAAGCCGUCGAUGCCCAGGAUCGACGAAAUCCUUGAGCGCUUACCGGGUUCUGCGUUUGACUUCCCUGAGGCAUUUUUGCAGAUCCCAGUUCAUCCGGAAGACAAGCAAGAGACGGCGUUUCACACCUGCACUAGCAAGUUGGAGUAUACUUGUAUGCCCUUUGGCCUCGUGAAUGCACAUGCUGAACUGCAGCUGCGGAGCAAUCAUGGCUUCUUGGCGCCAAUCACCCACCGGCGGGUGGUAAUAUACAUGCAUGAUGUGCUUGUGUUCAGCCGAAAUGUGCAGGAUCAGUUGCAGCAACUCCUCCAGUCGCUCCAACUAGUACGUGAGAAGCAGUGGUUGGCGAAGGCGCAAAAGUGUUCGCUUUUCAUGCAAAAAAUAAGUUUCUUAGGAUAUCGUGUCUCUGCAGCAGGGGUUGAACCAGAUCAAGCAAAGAUCGAGGCGAUUGGGAUUUGGCCUCUACCGCUGUACACGCGGACGAAGGUUCAAAAGUUCCUCGGGCUGGCCUCAUACUACCGCAGUUUUGUUCCUGGAUUCGCUCGCAUUGCUGCCCCUCUAACUGAUCUUGUGAAGAAGGGCAAGCAGUUUACGCGGACGGAGAAUGAAGAAGAAGCCGCCCUAGGCCUCAUCUGA